AUGGAUUCUUCCCCGAUCAAUAACAUGACCAUAAACCUCUCUCAUGUUGCCGAAGAAGAAGAAGAGGAAGAAACGAGCUCUAAAUUCAAGAAGCUUAUAUCAACGCUUCCAAAGGUAAAAGGGUCAAAUGAUUUCAUGGAUUUGUAUCAGUACCAAGGCUUUUGGUAUCCGUUUGCAAUGCUUCAAGCUAUCAUUUCAACACAAGAAAACUUUAAGUCUUCUUGGAACGAUAUAUACGUUUGUAGUGCUCCUAAAUCUGGUUGCACAUGGCUCAAAGCUCUGUGUUACGCGAUUGUAACCAGAGAUCAUUUUAAUAUGGAAAACAGCCCUUUGCUCACUAAUCUUCCUCAUGUUCUCAUCCCUUCCUUGGAAUUUGAUUCUCCGGAAAAUCAUUCCAGUAUGAAGGCUCAGAAUAUUCCUCUUAUAGCCACACAUAUACCAUUUGAUGCUUUACCCAAAUCUGUUCAGUCCUUGGACGGUACAUAGAUGAUUUACUUGUGCAGGGAACCCAAGGACACUUUCAUUUCUCUUUGGCAUUUCAUGCAAAGAUUCACGUGGCUGCAUCAAGGAAAGUCGGAUGAAACAACAGAAUUGUUAAUUUCCUUUGAGGAAGGGUUCGAGUUGUUCUGUGAAGGGAAAACAAUGUGGGGACCGUACUGGGAUCAUGUUUUGGGGUACUGGAAACAAAGUUUAGACAAGCCAGAAUCACUAUUGUUUCUCAAAUAUGAAGAAUUAACAAAAGACACAUUGUUCUACGUGAGAAAGUUGGCUGAGUUCAUGGGAAAACCAUUUUCAAGGGACGAAGAGGGAGAAGGGUUACCAGAAAGGAUUGUCAAAUUAUGUAGUUUUGAUAACUUGAGCAAUUUGGAGGUGAUUAAGAAUGGGAAGGAUCGGCCAAUUUCCUCUUUGCAGAUAGAUAACAGCGCAUAUUUCAGGAAGGGUAAGCCCGGAGAUUGGAAGAAUCAUCUAACAGAAAACAUGAUAGAAAGAAUGGAUCAUAUCACAAAAGAAAAGCUAAGAGGAUCAAACUUUAAAUUUGGUGUGUCAAACACGACAAAUUCAUAG